AUGCCUUCACCGUCGGACUCCAGCAGCGUGGCUUCGGCCUCGGGGUCUCGAGGUUGGUCUGACAGCCGCAGGGGCAUGUCGGGCCGGGGGCCUGGUGGGGCACGGCUGCUCCUCUACCUGGGGCUUUGCCACCUGGGCCUCGGGGCCAUGGUCCUGGCCUUCUCUUUCACCAGCAUGGCCUUCACCUCUUCAGCUCGCGUCAGGCAGUCUUGUCCAUUUUGGGCUGGAUUCUUUGUGGUGGCAUCAGGAAUAGUUGGAAUAAUCUCAUGGAGGAGACCUCUGACACUGGUGGUGUCACUGUUCAUGCUGUUGUCUGCAGUGUGUGUGAUCCUCAGUCUGGCCGGCUCCAUGCUCUCCUGUCAGAACGCACAGAUGGUCAAGUCCAUGCUCACCUGCCAGGUGGAGAAUGGUCUGUGUGUGUGUUGUGCGCCCACUCAGUCCUGCUCCAUCACAGAGGAGGAAACCCUGGUCCUCUACCUGAAUGCUGACUGUCACUCGGUCAGACAUCAGCUAAAGGACCUUUUGUUCAGCGCAUGCGGUCUCAGCAUUCUCUCCACCAUCAUCUGCACUCUGUCCACUGUAACCUGCAGUAUCCACAUAUUCUCUCUGGACCUUGUGCACCUGCUGGCCCCACAUCGCUCUCGUUCAGUCAACCCAGAAUGCACCACUCCUCAGGACGCCUUCCUGACCAACAUCAUGGACUUUGAAGAGUUUGUCCCACCCAUCCCUCCGCCCCCAUACUAUCCUCCAGAGUACACCUGCAGCUCUGAAACAGACGCUCAGAGCAUCACGUAUAAUGGCUCCAUGGAGAGCCCUGUUCCUCUCUACCCCACCGACUGCCCCCCUCCUUAUGAAGCUGUGAUGGGACAAAGAGCUGCAAGCCAGGCAACAGUGUUUGACCACCACGGCACUGAGCUAUCUGGAGAGAGAGGAACUUCUACUGCCUUCAGUGGAGAAGUGUCCAUGGACAGUGGAUCUCUGUUGAUGUCAGAGAUCGUGGACAUCCCUGAUGACUCCUCUCCCUCUGAGGACUCCUGUCUUAUGGAGGUUGGGCUAAGGACCCAUGGGGAGAGGGGCCACAGGAACAUGAGUGAAGGGGGAGACGUUGGAGACAGCGGGGAGUACAUCAGCUUUCGUGGUCCCCCGUCUCAGACGCCCGAAAGUCCUUUGGCAGGUGGGCCGAGAGCCAGACGCUUCAUCAGAGGAGAGAGGUCGAACUCCUGCUCUUCACCCAGCACAGCAACCACCACAUACAGGUCUCCAUUAUUGCGUCGCCAGGCAGUGAUAGCUAGUAGCUGUUCCCAGCUUGAGGCGAUCGGGAAAUCCAGCUCUCCACAGCGAUCCUCCAUCCCAGAGUUUCGAAUUCAGCCCUCCACUCCCUCACGCCCAGGAGCUACCCCAAACCCCUCUGCUCCUCCCAUUUCAUCCUCAGCUACAUGUGAGCAGAGUGCUGGUGAAAGUUAUGGGCCUCCGCUAACAGGUCAACCAUUGUACCUUCGACGAAAACCCGGGAAGAUUGAAAAGAAUGGAGAGCGGGUAAGAAGGGAUAGUGAAGGGCUCCUGCGUCUUGUGAGGUCACACAGUGAACCAGGCCUCGGCUCUUCCACCGACACAGUUGACUUUGGCUCUGGAGACAGCAAAGUAUCCAUGGACACAGGUCCAUCCUCUGAGGCAUUUCUUCUGCCCCGCACCUCUUUGAAUCCUGCUGCAGCUCUGCCAAGGAAAAGCAGCAUGAAAUCUGCAGCCACAGGGGUUCCAGUCCCUGCUAAACAUCCCCCCACCCCACCACUGCAUUUACCUAAAGACUGUCACCGUUCCCUGGGAGACCUUAAGGUGACUCGAGGUCUUGUGGCUCGCUUCCUGCAGCGCUCCAAACGCAACAUAUCACCCUCCUCCGAGCACGCUGGGAGCACAGGGCAAGGGCCUAAGAGAAGGAGUGUAGUUGAGGGUGCUGCCACCAACCAUCUGCAAUUGGAACAAGUGUUGCUGACCCCUUGGAGCACCAGCCGAGGACACCCCAAUCAUCACUCACAUCACUCUCAUCGCCGUGGACACCACCAUUCCCAUAGUGACAGUCGACAUAACCGGCACCACGGCAGUCAAGCACCAGAGGGAAUACACCUUCGAAGCUGUGGAGAUUUAAGCUACUCGUCCUCUGCGUCACUUUGCCGACUAGUGACACCUCAUCCACCGCAUGGGUCAUCGGGAGCUCUGUACUCAGAGUCUGCACUGUGAGCAGGGGGAAGGAGGGAUGGAGGAGGAAAAUUGGAAGAAUAUGAGUUGAUAGGGUUGUUAGGAAGUUAGGAGGCAGGCUAAUGAAAGUCUGAGACGGUUGAGUGGCGAUAUCUAGCUCUAGAAAUGGGAAAGUGUUCCCUUCUUUUCCUCUUUGGUCAGUUUGCCGAAACCAAGUGUCCAAAUGGCCUUAUUCAGUGGUGCUCUUUAUCACUCUGAACAUCAGCCCAAAGCUCACACUAUUUCACUGCUCAACAUCAGUGAAAGAGUCACUAAAUGCCUGGCAGUGGGUCCCUGUUCGAACAGCAAAUGGGAAGCAUCUUUUCUGCUGUAUUCUCCACUCCCCCUCUCUGAUCAGCAGACAUAUUUUUCCCCAAGACUGGAUACAGAACUCGACCAACAUUCAUGCUUCAACAACCACUUACUCACAUGUACAUUCGGUAAACUGCAUUAUUAUGGGUUGCUAUAUACUUCUGGCUCUUUUGUACAUUGCUAUUCAUCCACCGGAUCACUCAGGUGAAGUGAUCAUGGAAACACUUAUUUUUUGUCUUUCAUUGAUCAAAAAAAGGACCUCAAUAGACAUAUAGUUAGCUGAGUAUAUAAUGUAAGAUGAACAGACGAGAUUGCAUUUGCACAUGGAAACAUCUUUACUGAGUUGCUAAUUUUGUCUUUUAUUUUCACAAUUCAGAUACCCACACUCUCCACAUUUUUCCACUUUCACACUGGCCUUCAAAAAGGCAGCCAGCAUUUUUAACAUUGACAUUAAUGCACGCCUCAGACACAUGCUAAGCGUUUGAAAUGUAUUCUCUGUUGGUGGCCCUUGGACAUGGUGGUAUGAUUUGCAUAUGUGCAUGUUUUGCUACAGCCCCCGAAAUACAGCAGGAACCUUGUGCAUUCAACCCUGACCGUCUGUGAAACUACGUAACACGUCCUCAGAAUGUCUUUAACUGCAUGUUUGACGAUGCUUAUAUCUUUUUUUUCCUCUUGCACCCAAGACUAUGAUAGUAUCCAUAGGAGAUGUGUUUGUGUUAUAGAUAGCUGAAGGGGAAGGUCAGAGUCAAAAUGCGCUGUGCUCCCAAAGUUUUCUGUCAGAUGGCUCAAAUAAUGUCUCUGCAACCUAAUUUGAUUUUGAUAGGGUUUGAAAAUUAGUGCACAGGCAUCUCUGUGACACUGGCUAAAGCAGGAGGAUCCUGGAAGGUAAAAGGAGUACAUUGCACUGUCACUCUGAUGACAAGACGAGUCUCUUGCAAUAAAUGUACAGACAAAUGUGUUUUGGGUUCGGGUUUGCACUAUGUGUUGGUACGGUUUCUCUUUGAACUUGAGGGGGUUGUGGAUAGGAGGUAAAUGAACAAAAACUUGGGCUGAUGAGAGUGAACAUUUGUUGGUUUUGGCAGCUCUACAUUUUGAAGUAUAUUAAUAUUUGUGUCAGAUGGAGUUAUUUCUUUUUUGGAAAGUAUUUUUCGUGUGCUCACUAAGUGAUGAUAAUGGCUCCAUAUCAGUAAAGACACAGUUUGAAAACA